CGCGCUGGUUGCACAGGCCAGCCAGCCGUCCCUCCGCAGGCUCCCGACUGCUCACGAGACGCGCUCCACGCAGGGGUCCUCAUCCUCAUCGCAUCACGCAGAUUCAAAGCCUGGAUGCAGAGCGAGCCAGUGGCCUGCACACGAAAAUGCGAUAACUAUACGGUAAGAUUAAAGGCAUGUUAGCACCAUGAAUGCAGGUUGUGCUGCAAGAGGAGAUUGAAUGCCUCUAAAAUCUCAAGGCUGUGAGCCUUGUGCCGGGUGGUGAUGAGCAGUCAGGGCAGCAGCAGCAGGGGAAGAGGCCAGCAUGCGGACACUCCUCCCCCUCGCCACGCCCCUGGACCCAAGCUGCAGGUGCAGCGCUCCCUCUCGCGCGACACCAUCACCAUCCACUUCUCUGCUCUGGGGAAGGAGGACGACGACGAGGAGCUCUACGGCGUACCUCUUGGAUCUCCUGGGGCCGAAUCUGAGCGCGAUGGUGCGGGGGGACUUCACGGUCCCGAAGCUUCAAGGGCUGAUGACCGGUCUGUCGCCGCGGACUUGGAGGCAAAGGAGGAGCUGCUGUUUGAAUCUGCUGGUGGUGAGACCUCCUCUGGAGCUGCUGGGCUCCCUGUUUCAUCCAACACCUCGUCUGUGCGGCCCUCAGACCCACACACGCCUUCUCCCGCCAUGACUAUUAUCCCCAGCUCCACGCAGCCCCAACUGAGCUCCACCCCUCCUGCCAGCUCCUCCUGGCCCUCUGAACGACCCUCAGCCAAUCCGCCGUGCGCCUCCCCUUGCAAGUCUACAGCGCUGUCCUCUUCCAAGCCUUUCCUCAGCCUGGUGAGGUCCUUGUCCAAUGACGUCGAGUCUCGAGAAGCCACGCCUGCUCCCGCAACUGUUGCGCCGUCGCACGCACGGCACCGUCACUUAAUGAAAUCUUUUGUUAAGUCUCUUUCCACGGACACUUCGAAGGCUGACCACCAGGAAGGGCCUCUUCACCACUUUCUCCAUCACCCGCCUCAUCAUCAACAACAGCAGCAGGCGCAGCCAUCCCAGCGGCCUCCACCUCGCAACAUGCAGCUGCUUAAACAGUUCUCCCAGCCCCGCUUGUGCUCCAGCCCCGUCACUGUCACAAAAGUAGGCGGAGACUCCAAAACAGCGCCCUCUUCCCCCAUCAUGUCCCCAGAUGGCAGGUCUUUCUUCAAGGUCCAAGAGGUGGAGGCCAGGAUAGAGGAUACCAAGCGACGGCUGUCCGAGGUGAUGUCAGACCCCCUGCAGCUUUUUAGUAAGAUGAUGGGGGAUGAGUCUGGCGUGGGAGCUGUUGCCGCUCAUCGUGCCAAAUCGCUGUCCUCCAGUGCAUCCGAGCUCAGUGGAGGGACAGCGGUAAAUGAACACACAGAAGGUAACAACUACAGCAUCAAGGAGGAAGAAGGGGCAGAAGAGGAAGAAACUCCCACGGGGAAAGGCCCCGACUCUGUUUUUUUCUCCUUCCCGUCACUGGCACCGGCCCCAACCCAAGCCUCCUCAUUCACUUUCCCCAAAUCCCCGUCCCUCACCCUGGGCCGCUGCUCCAUGUCGGCCCUGGUAGCUCGACAGGAAGACGAGGACUUCUGCGAACUGUACAGUGAAGACUUUGAGUUAUGUACCGAUACAGAAACACCAGACGGUGACGGUGCCACGUCCCGGCAGCCCCAUACUGGCAGCACUGGGCUGUGUAGUGAACUUGACUCAGAGGAGGAGGAUGAGGAGAAAGAGGAGGAGGAGGAGUCUGUGCCAGUGACUGGCCUCAUCUUCCUGACACAGUUGGUCUACUGGUAUAUAGUCCUUCCAGUGCCACCAUAUCUAUGUGCGGUGGUGCACGGGAUAGUAGCUGGGUUCAUGUUGGCCUUGCUGGUCCUCUGGCUGUCCUCUCCUCGACGCUCCUCAUCCGUGACGACAAGAGGGAAGCAAAGUAUAAAGCCCUGGAAUGUGGCCCAGCUGGACAUCAAAGAACCGGGAACCUUCAAGGGCUGGAUGAAUGAGAUCCACAGUUACGACCCCGAGAUGUACCACGCCACCCUGACCCACUCCGUUUACGUCCGGCUAGAGGGCUCCGUCCUGCGUCUGUCCAAGCCCAACCGGAACAUUUCCCGCCGCGCCACACACAACGAGCCUAAACCCGACGUCACCUACAUCAGCCAGAAGAUCUAUGACCUGACAGACAGCAAGAUCAACCUGGUGCCUCAAAGCCUGGCUAGGAAGAGAGUGUGGAACAAAAAGUACCCCAUUUGCAUUGAGCUGGCCAAGCAGGAGGACUUCAUGUCUAAGGCCCAGGGAGAGAAGCUCGAAGCUGGCGAUGAGAAAUUAACGGGGCUGUGUGAGAAGCUGGAACGAACGGACAAAUGCGAGAAAGUUGAGGCAUCAGGAUCAGCGGAGGAACCCAAAAGGCUAUUCUCUGCAGGGGGGGAUCUGACAAUCUACUUGUUCGGGAGGACGGGUCGGGAGAAGGAAGAGUGGUUCCGGAGAUUUCUUCUGGCGUCCCGAACAAUAUCAGAGGGGAAAAGUGGAAGUCUGCCCGGCAUCUGCAAGAGUGCCUUCUUGCCGUCCCGCAGCCGCAGCAGCAGCACCCAAUCUGGCGGAGGCCUGGAGGCUGACAGCAGGAGCAGCAGGAGCAGCAGCCGGGGAAGCCUGGAGGAGCUGUGUCAGUCUCGCCACAGAGAGACCUCCUCUGCUCCCUCGUGUGGGAUGAAGCAGAAGAUGCUGUUGGACUAUAAUGUCUACAUGGCCAAAUAUAUCAACCCCCAGGCAACACAGAGAAGCCCAACUGCCACUGACAGCCCUGGUCCACAAAGCCCCGAGAGCAGCCCCAAAACUACAAAAAAGGUACGCAGGACUUCAGAGGAGCCUGCGGAGCCCGAGGCCUGGGUCAACGCUUUUGUGGGAAGGAUAUUCUGGGACUUCCUGGGAGAGAAAUACUGGGCCGAUGUCGUCUCCAAAAAGAUCCAGAUGAAGCUCAGUAAGAUCAGGCUGCCGUAUGUUAUGAAUGAGCUGACUCUGACAGAGCUAGACAUGGGCUUCUCCAUUCCUAAGAUCCUCCAUGCCUCCCAACCCUCCGUGGACCACCAAGGUCUGUGGUUUGAUCUGGAGGUCUCCUACACGGGCUCCUUCCUCAUGACACUGCAGACCAAGAUGAACCUGGCCCGCCUGGGGAAGGAGGGCGAGGGUCUCGGGGACCAUGGGAAGGAGGGGCCACGGACAUACUGUCUGGCAGACAGCGAUGAGGAGUCGUCUAGUGCCGGUUCAUCGGAUGAGGAGGACCCCCCUGAACUCCUCAGUGACAAAGCCCUCCUCCCUGGCGCCGAGGGCUACAUGGGAGGCCACAGGCCCAGCAAGAUCAUGCGCUUUGUGGACAAGAUAGCCAAGUCGAAAUACUUCCAGAAAGCCACCGAGACGGAGUUUAUCAAGAAGAAGAUGGAGGAGGUGUCCAACACGCCCCUGCUGCUCACGGUGGAGGUGCAAGAGCUGCGAGGGACACUGGCUGUCAACAUCCCAUCUCCCCCCACCGACAGGAUAUGGUAUGGUUUCCGGAGUCCGCCUCACCUAGAGCUGAAAGCACGACCUAAACUCGGCGAGAGGGAGGUCACUUUAGUUCACGUGACAGACUGGAUUGAGAAGAAACUGGAUCAGGAAUUCCAGAAAAUAUUUGUGAUGCCAAACAUGGAUGAUUUAUGGCUACCCAUAAUGCACUCUGCCAUGGACACACGUUCAAAUGCCAACUUGGUUACUGUGACAAACGAUGCCUUCAAGGACCCAGAACCCGAGGAGUCUGAGGUCUCUGACAUGUGAAGACUGCUGUUCAAAGUGCACAGUGGGGGACAUUUUAUCACCAUGGUAAUAUGACAAGGCCCCGCCCCUCUCAGAGACCCACGGGUGCCGGAACCAACUCUUCAAUAUUGUUACCCAUGUUCCACUCCCAGUGUUGCACCACCGGUGAAGUGCUGGCGAGCUCGUGAUCAUCUGUGGCAACCGAAAGCAGGAAAACGGAAGAAAAAUGUGAAUCAGAUUCUCAUCCAAUCACACAGCUUUAUACGUGUGACACCAAAUGUACCGAUUCAUGCUCUGAUGAGAUACAAUAGAGGCUAUGUCGAGAUCGUUUAACGAAUGUGUGUGGUGGUGUAACAACUAACAGCCUUCCGAUUCAACCAGAAGAACCAUAAUACCUGUGAUGUACAGCUGCACCAAACAUGUGCAGAGUGUUAAAGUCAGCGACCUUUCUCAACAAGUGGUUUAUCAUCGCUGUCACUCUGAGCGCGUAUGUCUGAGUGAGGAAUCCUCUGAGGGAAUAAGCCUCAAAUUUGGAGACGGUUUUGCCGACAGCCCCUGCAUCUAGUGACACAUUUCAAUGGCACUGUGUCCAUUUCACAGGGAUAUCAUUGGUCACCCAUCCACACUGCUGCCUGUACCAGUCGCCGGGCACCUUUAUGCAAACAGAUCAAUGGCACUGUGUCCAUCGGAGACACUUGGUCAGUUUGAAUCCACUCGGGACAGUCACAACAUACAGCCUGUGUGCUUUUAACCAUGUGGUCGGGAUCACAGCUGAAUCUGACGUUAGAGGGGCGAAUUCAAAACAUAUCUGCAAGCACAGCAGCUGAGUCUGAUGAAUGUAUAAACUAGGAACGCAGCUCCAAAGCUGCGCAAAGGAAUCGUUCAUUCACUGACGACGUGCUUCUACUCCACAUGCUUCAAGACUUCUUCUUUUCGUGUCGUAUUCAGAGCUGAGCAAAAGUAAUAAUUGUCAUGUUUUUUAUUGCCAAAGCAAUCUUUCAGCCCCGUCUGAAGGCUACUGCACGAGGGACACGGUGACAAAUAAGCAAUCGGUUGAUUAUCUUGUGUUCCUAUUGAGGCCACUGCAGUGAUGUGCAGUCGGAGUUUGGGCGGCAAGAGACUGGAACCCUUUUAUUAAUACUGUUACACGUCAAACUAUUUUUUGGGGUGUAGAGUGGGAAACACACCCACUCUUCCUGUUGUAUUUGAAUACACGUACUGGAUAUUAGCCAUAUUAUUUAAUGUUGUCAGAAUACAUCCAGCUAAUGAAUGCUCUCUUGUGGUACUGUACACAUUCAAGAGGAAUGACGUUAAACUAGAACAGCAACUUAAUAAUCUGCCAUGGCGCCCGGCUGCUUUACUGACGACUAUUAUUUGACAUGUUUUACGUUCAAACGUGUGUUGGCAAUGUGUAUGAGGCAGAAAGUGCCUUUAAAAAUAAACAUUCCUCCGUCGUGAGCCGCCACAUUUGUCGCAUCAGUUGAGGAUAGAAAGUGUUUGUGCCAUUACUGUGUCUGUCAAGCCCUUCGUUUUCACAAGGUUCAGUGUUGUUCAUUUGCACAGUGAUGAAAAUAUCAAGCGUUGCUGUUGUGUUCAGUGAUGUCACAGAAUGUUACGGUUUUGAUCGUCGUGGAUCAAUAAAACCUUUUGCUUGGA